AUGGAGAUACCUGGACAAUUAGCAACAUUCACCCUGGCACCUGAUUUUGUACCUGGGACGGAUUUCAUUACAAGAUUUCUUUUACAGGACGAAAGAAUUAUGGACAUUAUUGUAAAGGAUUUGGUUGAUCAAAAUGUCGACCAGUCCGCCUAUGGUCUGGGUCGCUGUGGUUGGGCAAACAAAUGCAUUUCUGAUGUCGUGUACAUUCCUAGGUUACCACAACUAUCUCCAGUCUUAAUAGAAGUCCAAUGUAAGAUGGAUGAGGCUUUUACAAGAAGACUAAUUAAUUAUUCCUUGCAAUUGAAACAAGAAUAUGGACAAUUACCAAAGGUGCUCGUAAUAUCUAUCCAAAAUAUUGCAACAAAAGUCAAAUCAACACUUAAAAUUUCUGAAAAUGAUUUCAUGUAUACAAUGACUUGUGACUUUUGGGCAGAAAGUUGUCAUAUAAUUUCAGCUGAAUCAAUUGAACCUCAUCUAAACAACAUCCCCUUGAACAAGUUGGUUGCUUUAAGUCACUUUCUUACCCAGCAAAAACGAAACAUAUUAUCUGUCCGUAAAAAAAAUGAUCCAACAAUACAGCUUCUAUAUCAAAUAUCUAAAGAUAAAUUUGAGAACGAGUGUCAUAUCGAAGAAGAAAAACUAAUUGUUAUUAACGACCUAUGUUUCAAAGCAAAAACUCAGUUUGAAAAAAUUGUAAAAUGUUUACAAAAUGGAGAAUCUACAGAAAAAGCAUUAAAAUACGCUGAAGAUGGUCAAAUUUACUUCUAUCAUCAAGAAAAUAAAUUUAAAAAAGAUCGUGAAAUAACGCCAAUCGAAGAUACACCAAACAUCAGCAAUUUGCUGACAGUUGAUUACCACAAUGAUAUAAUAGCAGCGGAUGAUGCGACGUUCAUUGAAGAGUUUCAAAAAAAGAAAAUAGGAAGGAUGAGCUGGGAACGUUGUUUCAAGGAAGGAAGAAACAAAGAAUUUUUUCUUAGCUACAGUAAUUGGAAAACUUUAAAAUCAUCAUACCACGGCAAAAGCAAAAAACUAAGCAAAAGAAAAAUAAUUGAAAUUGAACAAUAG